AUGGCAACAACCCAUUUCUUCCCCCAAGAUAUCAUCACCGACAUUCUCAAACGCCUCCUUGUGAAAUCCCUAAUCCGGUUUCAAUGUGUCUGCAAGCAUUGGAGACAUCUCCUCAAAACCCCAUCUUUCGUUGCUGAAAAUCUCCGCCACUCCACUCAUCAAAACUCUGUACUCCUUUUCCAAGGUUAUCGUCUGUUUGAUCCUUCGGGUUGGUGUUUUCUGGAUCAUGAGAUGCAAGUUCAAAGCGCGCCUGAAAUCGGUUCCUUGUUGGGUGUUAGGAUUGUCGGUGCUAUUAAUGGCUUGCUCUGUUUCCGACCCGAUAAUGCAUCAAUUUUCUUAUGGAAUCCAGCUAUUAGACAGUUCCAUUGUUACAGGAUAGCGAGAAUUCAUGUUUCCGUGAAUAGCAGAGUUAUUAGUUCGGAAGAAUGCUUGUUAGAUACUAAUCUUGUCAAUGAAGUGCACGUAUAUUCAUUAAGCACAGGAUCAUGGAAGGGAAUAGAAUUUGGGAACUUAAAUGGUGUAUCCCUUAUGUCUAACGGUUUGCAUGCUAUUGGAUCCAUCUUUUGGUUUGGGUUUAUGCUAAACGUGGGGGAGGAGGAUGAAAAUGAUGGUCAUUUGGUAGUUUCAUUUGACAUUGCAACAGAAGUGUUUACUUUGAUACCAUUACCUACUUCAGCUCCUAAAUCGUAUCGCAAUAGGCUUUCCGUGCACGAGAAUAAACUUGCUAUGCUUUCUCACACUCCUGUUGGAAACUCUGAAUCUUCUGUGAUUGAUUUGUGGGUGAUGGAGGAGGGAACAGGUGUAUCUGGGGAAAGAUGGAAUUGGACUAAGAAAUAUAGUAGCCGCCCCUACCCGUUCUUGUUAAAUCCAGGGUCCAUUUGGAGGAAUGAAAUCGUCUGCAUUUUUUUAUGGAUUGGAACUGAACGUGAAAGGAAUAGAAGUAAAGGAAAAGUUGUUCUGUUCAAUAUCACCGCUAAUAAAAUUAAGAUGCUUGCUACUCCGAAAUAUGGUGAUGGCGAUGGUUUGUUUUUCAAUUAUGUGGAAAGUCUUGUACCAGUUGGCAACGACCACAUUGAAGAGUUUGAUCCUAGAUCUUAA